AUGCUGUCGGUCAAUUUAUUUUUAUUGAUCACCAGCGGCGUGAGCUUUGUGGGUUACUGCCUUUUCUUCGACCGGAAGCGUCUGGCGGAUCCGGAGUACAAGCGGAAGCUGCACGAGCGUCGCCUGCAGAAGGCGACCAGGGAGGACCAGGCGCUGGAGGAGGAGGAGGAGGAGGAGCCCGAGUUCGGCGACGAUGAGCAGGCAGUCGUGAGCCAGCAGCAGUACCAGCACCGGCUGCAGCUGGAGACGUUCAUCUGGAUGUCGGCCGUGAGAUGCCUGGAACAUCCGACGAUCCUGAAGCGGAUGUUCGAGUCAGAGGUCCAGCUGGGGGAUCGACUGCUACAGGAUGGUCGGAUGGACGAGGCCCUGGCGCACCUGGCCAAUGCCAUUCUGCUGUGCAAGCAGCCGGUCGUUCUACUGCAGAGUCUCCAGAAGACCAUGCCGAAGGAGCUGAUCCAUCCGCUGAUCAUUCGAGUGUCAGAGUUGCUGGAGGAGAGCCAUCACCAGGAGAACGAUCGCGAGGACCAGGAGGCGGCGUUCUCCUCUAGCGAUUCUGACGAGUGGAUCAGCGAUGGCAAUGUCCCUCAACCGCACAUGGUCGGAUAG